AUGCGCUGCACACCAACAGCCAAACAAGAUACAGAUGAUCUUAGAAGACUAUUUGGCGAUGUCAGUAAGCUUGUUAGAAAUUAUGCAGACCAACACCAAGAGCAAAAUGAUGAUAUUGCUUGCUUGGUCGCCGGCCAUCUCGUUAAAGAGAACAUGGCUGAUUUUACCAUCAAGCUUGCUCCUGCCAGCAGGAAAAGAAAAGCAAUCAGUGGCUAUGACAUGUUCAAGCAAGAGACGAUGCUGCAGACGAGUGAGGUGUUCUCUACUGCUAGCAAGGGAGAACCCAACGAUUUACAAAACUUGAUGGCCAAGUAUGCGGAAGCCUGGAAGGCGCUCAAGAAAAACAACCCUGACAAGGUCAACCAACUAAAGCUGAAAGCCGCAGAAAAGACCAAGGCUAGGGAUUCAGAGCCCAUUACCACCGGAGGAAGACUUGAAGUCUACCAUAAUGAUUUCAAUACCACCGCUAAAAGCCUCGUAGCAAUGCUAGACAAAUACAAUUUUCAUGCCGUCUUAUAUCAUUAUACAGAAACUGAUAAUGACUUUAUGUAUCCCAAAAUUGCCUCUGACAAUGUGGAUUCCGUGCAUAAAGUAUUAGGACAUCCACUGGAUUUAGGUUUGCUAAAGACGUUUAUGAAAACAACGUCUGAGGCCUCAUCUGUCCCAUCAAGUCCCACUGCUGGGAGUCCUGUCCAGGAAGAUUCGGCCUUAGGCGUUCACGCUGAUAGAGUUGAACGUCUGCCUGGUUUGCCUGCCUCUCAGAUGGAGCCACUUCUUUCGAAUUUGCUUCCCAACGGCAAUGCUCCUGCUCGUUCUGCUCUUGCAUCUACGUCUGCUACUGUUUUUGGUAAUGACAAGGAAUCACUGUUGAAAGCGGAGUACCUCAAAGGUAUUCGUGAGAUGGCUAUGCAAAUGACCUGUACGUGUAUUUGUUCCUAA